CAGGUUCUAAAGGAGAAAGAACCGAAAAGUGUCAGUUUUGUGGGGAAAGUAUAACGGAUAAAACGGAUUUUUGUAAACGUUGUGGCACCCAGAAUAAAAUGGAACCAUAUGGAGGCACAGGAUCUGGAAAGUAUGACAAUCAGCCCAACCUUGGGACUGCCACUUACUACCUAGGAGAGAAAUCGUAUCAUUGCAUGGAAUGCGGAAGGAGCUUCCGUCAGAAUUACCAUCUCAGUUACCACAAACAAAUUCACAUUAGGGAAAAACCAUGGAAAUGCGCAGAGUGUGGAAAGACCUUUACAAAUAGGAGUAAUCUUACUUCCCAUAAAAAGAUCCACACACGCGAGAAACCCCACAAAUGCCAGGUCUGCGGUAAGAACUUCAGACUGAGCAUCAAUCUGACCCAACAUCAGAAAGUUCACUCAGAGGACAAACCCUAUAUGUGCACCAAUUGUGGGAAACGAUUUGCGCUCAUCAGUUCCCUGGUUUCCCAUAAAAGGAUCCACAUGGAAGAGAAACCUUAUAAAUGCCUGGAGUGUGGAAAGAGCUUCACCCAGAACAGUGCCCUGACUUCCCAUAAAACAAUCCACAGAGAGGAGAAACCAUGAACAAAAGAAGCAUGGAAAGACUUCAUCAUUCUACUAGAUUUACUUCCUGGAAAAGGAUCCAUUCAAGUGAACGUACAUCAGCCAAAAGUGCAUUGUUUUUCUCCCAGCUGUUUUUUGACCCCCAUCAUGGCCAUGUUUCAAAAUGUAGGAAGACCAUGACAAAAGUCUAAAGUUGAUGAAAUAUGAUGACUUACAGACUUAUAGACUUAUAUACUGCUUCAAAGUGCUUUACAGUGAAGACAUUAUAAAAAGGAUUUCGAGACUCUGGGAAAAGUACAGAGAAGAGCAACUAGGAUGAUUAGGGGACUGGAGACUAAAACAUACGAAGA